CAUUCGUGCUCGGCCAUUUUGUGAGUGUGUGCUCGAUUGGAAUAUUUGUAUUGAGAAGCUUUUGCAGUCAAACCGAAUGAUUUAGUUUACAGAUAAGCUUAUUUAGCGUUAUAUUAUAUGUGCUAAAAGUGUAUUAUAUUUUUCGGAUAUUGUGUAGAUCUAUAAAAUGGAGGAAAAGGCGUCACUGAAGGAACUUGAUCAGUGGAUAGAACAGUUAAAUGACUGCAAACAACUGACAGAAAGCCAAGUGAAAACUCUAUGCGACAAGGCAAAAGAGAUUUUGGCUAAAGAAUCAAAUGUACAAGAAGUAAAAUGUCCAGUAACUGUAUGUGGCGAUGUACAUGGUCAAUUCCAUGACUUAAUGGAAUUAUUUAGAAUAGGAGGUAAAUCUCCAGACACAAAUUACCUAUUUAUGGGUGAUUAUGUUGAUCGUGGCUACUACUCUGUUGAAACAGUUACUUUGCUUGUUGCAUUAAAGGUGAGAUAUCGAGAAAGAAUAACGAUUCUGCGUGGUAAUCAUGAAUCGAGACAAAUCACACAAGUAUAUGGAUUCUACGAUGAAUGCUUACGUAAAUACGGAAAUGCCAAUGUAUGGAAGUUCUUUACGGAUUUAUUUGAUUACCUACCAUUGACUGCAUUGGUUGACGGUCAAAUAUUUUGUUUACAUGGUGGGCUAUCACCUUCAAUUGAUACCUUAGAUCACAUAAGAGCUUUAGAUCGUCUUCAAGAGGUUCCACAUGAAGGUCCAAUGUGUGAUUUGCUAUGGUCAGAUCCUGACGACAGAGGAGGAUGGGGUAUUUCUCCUCGAGGAGCAGGAUAUACAUUUGGUCAAGAUAUAUCAGAAACAUUUAAUCAUUCAAAUGGUCUCACAUUGGUAUCAAGAGCUCAUCAAUUGGUUAUGGAAGGAUAUAAUUGGUGUCAUGACCGUAAUGUUGUAACUAUAUUCUCUGCUCCUAAUUAUUGCUAUCGUUGUGGCAAUCAAGCUGCAAUUAUGGAACUAGAUGAUGCUUUGAAGUAUUCAUUCCUUCAAUUCGACCCAGCACCAAGACGUGGAGAACCACAUGUUACUAGGCGGACACCAGACUACUUCCUAUAAAAAGUUCAGUUUUAAGGAAGUAGUUGCCAAGGUAGGGGAAUGAUAUCUGGCUUUAUAGAGAUACCACAGAACAUAAUUUAUGAUACAACAUCAGUAUCAGUAUAUGACCUGUUCUUUCUUUGUGGUGUCUCUUCAAGAGAUAAAAUACAUGCUUGUUCAAUGCGAGCAAGUUCCAUGCCACAUAUAGACACAACAUUCAUUGUACACAUAAGGAAUACAAUAAUGUAUACACAUACCAAGUAAAUUCACCUGCAACAUUGAGUUUUUUCAACCAUCAUUAUACUGCUUGUAUUUUUAUUAUCGAGAAAUAUAAAGUAAACUGAACCAUAAUAGGUAGUGCAAACAAAAUACAUAUGUUUGAUAUUGCUUUGAAACCUUUGAUGAAUAUUAAUUUACUAAAACUUGUAUGAGCAAUAUGUUCAUUGAACAUACUAAAUCUAGAUAAUAAUAUCAUUUAAGGUUUCAAAGAAUAAAGUCAAAUGGUCAUAGUUUUUAAUUAAGAGAAUAUCACAUAAUUGAUUGUAUGAAUGGAGCAUAAAUUGUUCUACUGGAAAAAAAUAAUAAAAUAGGAUUGAUGCAACAGUGAUUUGAUAUAUUAGCAUUGUGCCAUGUAGUUUUUCAUAACGUCGUUUCUAUUAUCUUAUUUAAUUUAUUUCUAUUAUUUUAUUUAAACAGUUUUGUCUAAUAGCCAACAAAUAUAAACGUAUACUCUUAUUAUAAAGCCAUAUUGUAUUCUCUAAUCUAAUUAUUUUUUUCUAAACAUAAAGCAUAUUUUAAAUAUAUCUAAAUUUUUUCUUUUAUAAGAGAUUUUGAUUUUAUUAUACUUGGAAUUUUAUUAACUUUAAAGUUUUUUACAGUUUUAAUUUGCACGAAUAUAAUAGAAAUGUUUCUAAUGAUUCAGUAAAAUUUGGUACUCUUGCAUCAAUCCUGUCGUAUUUCUAAAUGAAACACGCACUUUAUACUGGAUAAACUCAUACAUUCAAAAAGUUAGAUUGAAAGUUAAUUGCUUGUGAAAAAACUGACGAUCUUUUUACUAAUAGGUAUAACAUGAUGCUUCUGGUAAAUAAACAUGUGUAAUGCAAGCCAAGCCAACCUAAUGUGUUGUGUCGAAUUAUUCAUAUUCGUCAAAGGCAUUGUAUACACGAACCUGUAAAACACAUACAGAUGUAUUCAUAGGAGUAAGCAUGCAAUUUGAAUAUAUGAAUAAUAAAACCAUAUAGUAGCGGUGAUGAGGUGAACAUGAAGUGUAGAUGCACAUUAUAGUAAUUUACUAAGACUGUAAAUCUAAAAUGUAGCACAGAAAAUAUAAUACUGUGGAUGCCGCGACCCUUUCUGCAUAAUGCAGGCUGAGCAUUUUCCUUAUUUUAUAUUAUACAAUGCACUUACUUUUUUGAUUAUAGUAACAAAAAUAAAUUUUCCUAUAGAACAGAAAUUUGUAAUACUAUAAUACAUCAAAUGACUUUAUUAGAAUUUCUUAUAAUAAAUAAAAAAAAUAGAUACUAGAAAUUGUAUAGAUAAUUUUGUAUUUGUUCUAUUUAUUGUCUAUUCAGUUUUUUUCUAUUCAGUAUUUGCAGGUAAUAUUGUUAUAAAUAAUAUGGGAUAGAAUUGAAAAGAUUUGUUUUGUUACGCAAGUAUACUCCAUUCACAACAUUUCAAAGGAUACAUAUAUAGAUAUAAACACACAAUAACUUAGUUUUUUUCUGGUCUGACUCUGGCACGAAAUAUACAUUGCCAGUUUUUACAUAUACGGAAUUUUCUUAUUGUCUUAAAGCAAUGUAAAUGUUAAACUUGUGCUUCGAGCAUAUGUGCUGAUAAAUUGACAAGUGCACACGUACAAAUAUAAAAAUAACAGCUUUAUAUAUAUACUGUAGAAGAACACACAAAAGGUAGCAAUUAAUUAACUUCUGCUUAAAGUAAUUAACUAUUAGAGUUAAAUAUUUUAUACAAUAAAAAUAAACUUCUAUAGCUAUUUAUAUCCUUUUUUUAUGUUACACAAUAAAUAUUUCAAAUGCCUAUCAAUUGUGCGUGUACACAUUGUAAUUACUAAUAUCAGCCUGCAUAAUUUUUUUGUAUUUUACAUAUUUUAAAACUGAUUUUAAAAAUCUAGGAGGGUUUGCAAAAUCUGCAUGUAAGCAGAUAAUGUGGAACAAAGAGAAAGCCAUAAACAUAUGAUAAUUGUCAUCUCAUUAUGAAAAACUAGAGAAAUAAAAAUGUUAUCAUAUUUA